AUGGCUGGUCCCCGCCGUAACAGGUCCGCGGAUGUUCAGGUGGACGAUGUCCCUAAGAAUCAUCGCAAAGUAUCGGACGAUGAUGCGGCUGACGAUGCGGAGGACCCGGCCGAAGAAGCGGAGGUAGCGGAAGAGGAAGAAGAAGAGGAGGAAGAGGAUGAAGACCCGAUCGAGUUGCUUAAAGCGCAGGGGGUGAGUGAAGAUGUAGCUAAACGGAUGCUCGAGAAAGCUGAUGGCGACCUCGAUGCAGCCGUAAUGCUUAUCGUGGAGCACCAAGAGCUUGAGAAGGAGGAGAAAGAUCUAGCUAAAGUGAUGGAGGAGUCGCUGCAAGAGGCUGAGGCCGAAUCCCAAAAACGUCGGGACCUCGACGAGGAGCGAAAGCGCUCAGCCCCUGCAGAGUUCUUCCAGGGUUGUUCCUUCCUGGAACAUCUCGGCGAAGAUGUGGCGGCUGCACUGUUCUCUUCGGAUGCGAAGGAGGACGUCAUCGCCAUACUUGAUUUGGAGAGAAAGUGCAGACAGUGGUACAGGGCACGAGGUGGGGAUGUCGCGGAAUAUUUUUCCCGGAUAGCUGUCAAGGCAGUUGCGAAUGUCGAGUAUGAAGGCAAAGGCGGAGACGAGAGUGGAGAGCAAGACAACAUCAAAGCCUCGAGCAUGGAAACUGUUCAUAGCCUGCUGGUUGCACAUCUAUCGGACCUGCAAGAUGCGGUGUUGUCCCUUCCCACAAUCCCCGGCACAAUUCCUGCCAUAUUCGCGCCGAUCGACGUGGAAAGCAAAAUCGAAACAGUGGAUCUCACGUGA